AUGAAUCACGAAAAUUAUGCUGACGAAGAUGACGGUGAUAUUCGUAUCAGCCUGAAUGUUGGGGGUGUGAAGUACGAGACCUGUGCUUCAACAUUAUUGAAAUAUCCCGACAGUUAUCUCAUGAAGUUCCUCGAAGAAAAAGAUCCCGAUGAUAAUGACGAAUAUUUUAUUGAUCGGGAUGGUAAUUUGUUUUGGCAUGUCCUGGAAUUCUAUCGGAAUGGAACAAUUGUUUUCCAGGAUCUUGACAAAAUGUGUGUCAAUUGUGGUAGAAUUGCUACUCGUGAACUUUUGAAAGAGGAAUUCGAUUUUUAUGAGAUUCCUUUUAAUAUGGCGGAGGCAGAUAUUUAUACUAUAGAAAAAGUCAUAGCUGCAAAACUUGAUGACUUUAUGUGCUGUUUGAAGGAAGUAUUUACGAAAAUGGUGGUCAAUUUCGAAAAACAAGUUCAGAUUACUUUUUUCGUACGAAAGAUGAAUCCAGUGGUAAGUACAUUAACCAUGAGCGAUCAUCCAAACUCUUAUCUCGUCCGAACUAUUUUAAAUCUGGUAUUUCCAUUUGGAAGUAUCGCUGCAAAAUUUAUCGAGUCAUUUGAAUUCGAAAUUUAUGCGUACCUUAAGAGCGAGUGUCAUGGCUUUGAGUGGACAUUAAAAAUCGAUAAGGUAGAAGAAACUGUUAUUCUGACGCUUAAGGAUGAAGAGGAUAUUAAUCGUACUGAAAUAAUGGAGAAAUCAUGUCUUCAGGGGGUGGAAAUCUGA